GUACCAUCGGCUUAUGACCGUUUAAAGAACAUAAAGCUCGCAAACACCCAAAACUCUAGGGUUUUUGUCAAGAAAAAAGGGCACCAAAAUUUCGAAAAAGGGGUUUAUUCCAUUUUCUCUAAUUUUCCAAUUCUGACAAGUGUUAUUUCUGGGCUUUUCUUCUUGAUGGAAUUUUUGUAGAGAUAUCGUAUUAUGAUACUGCUUUCCUUUGUUAAUCAAGCUCAUUUCGGUUUCGCUUGAAGAUCAACAUAUAUCUGAAGAUGAUUGCAGAAAAACCAAAUUGGGUUAAACAUGAAGGCAUGCAAAUCUUCUCAAUUGAUAUACAGCCUGGAGGGCUUAGAUUUGCCACUGGCGGUGGCGAUCACAAGGUAAGGAUUUGGAACAUGAAAUACGUUGCCAAAAUCCUUCACUUGGAUCCAGAUAAAUCAAAGUUAGAACUUCUUGCUACACUUCGUGAUCAUUUUGGAUCUGUGAAUUGUGUUAGAUGGGCCAAACAUGGCAGAUACAUUGCAUCAGGUUCAGAUGAUCAAGUGAUUCAAAUACAUGAAAGAAAACCUGGUUCUGGAACAACUGAAUUUGGUAGUGGUGAGGCACCUGAUGUUGAAAACUGGAAAAUCGCCUCCACUUUAAGAGGACAUACUGCAGAUGUGGUGGAUCUAAAUUGGUCACCAGAUGAUUCAACUUUAGCCAGUGGGAGUUUGGAUAACACUAUUCAUAUAUGGGAUGUGACCAAUGGGAUUUGCACAGCUGUUUUAAGGGGUCACUCUAGUCUUGUUAAAGGGGUAACUUGGGAUCCCAUUGGCUCAUUUAUAGCAAGUCAAUCGGAUGACAAAACUGUAAUUAUUUGGCGAACAUCUGAUUGGAGUCUUGCACAUAGAACAGAUGGACAUUGGUCAAAAUCGCUUGGAUCCACUUUCUUCAGGCGACUAGGGUGGUCUCCUUGUGGUCAUUUCAUAACAACAACACACGGUUUUCAAAAACCAAGGCAUUCGGCACCUGUUCUAGAGAGGGGAGAGUGGACUGCAACCUUUGACUUUUUAGGACACAACGCCCCUAUUAUUGUGGUGAAGUUUAAUCACUCGAUGUUUAAAAGAAACCCAACAAAUACCCUUGAAGGAAAAGCUAGUUCGGGUGGAUGGGCUAAUGGUUUUUCAAAAAACAAUGGAAAAGAAUCACAACCGUAUAAUGUUAUUGCAAUAGGAAGUCAAGAUCGAACCAUAACUGUGUGGACUACUGCAAGUGCUCGCCCUUUAUUCGUUGCCAAACACUUCUUUUCUCAAAGUGUUGUGGAUUUAUCUUGGAGCCCAGAUGGGUAUUCACUAUUUGCAUGUUCUUUAGAUGGAACAGUUGCCACUUUUCACUUUGAGGUCAAAGAACUCGGUCAUAGGUUGACCGAAAUCGAAUUAGAAGAAUUGAAAAAAAGCCGAUAUGGUGAUGUCAUCAUCCGCCAGUCAAAUUUAGCAGAAUCUCCCGCCCAAUUACUCCUCGAAGCCGCCUCCAAAAAGGUCACCGGAGCCACCACAAACCACAACACCUCCACCAUCAAAUCAUCAUCUUCUUCAAUAAUUCCAUCAAAAGCAUCCGAAUCUUUACACGAACUUGACAACAACACAAACACAAACACAAACACAAACACAAACACCAACAAUAUCAAUACCAAUAUUUCUUCAUCCACCAUUAAACCCUCUCCCCGAGUUUCAAGUCCAGUGAAGCAAAGAGAAUACAGGCGACCCGAUGGAAGGAAACGGAUCAUUCCGGAAGCUGUUAGGGUUCCAGAAAACAUCCCUCAAACGGUUGACUUUUCCACAAAGUCAACCGAAAAUAAUGGUGCACUUGUACAUGACUCAGGGUUUCACGAGGGGCCUCCUAGUAAAAGAGCAAUGGUGGGAGUGGGAGUGGGAGUGGGAGUGGGACCCGUUGAUGUGAGGGAGCGAUCUGGUGUGGCUGCACGUGCUACUGUUAGUGAGAGUCUUGUGAUUGAAAAGGUGUCACCUUUAAAUGAUAAAGAUGGGAAUAUUAGUGUUGAACAAAUUGGAGGUGUGAAAAAGAUGGGAUCUUUGAAAGGUAUUUCAAUAAGGGUGUUUAGUAAAGAGGGAGGAGGUGAGUCACCACAUGUUUGUUUGGAAGCUCGGCCUAAAGAACAUGCACCAAAUGACCUUGUAGGGGUAGGAACGUCAUUUACUAUGAAAGAAACAGAAAUUUCUUGCACGAAAAAUGGUCAAAUGAUUUGGUCAGAUCGAAUUUCUGGGAAUGUCAUGGUUUUGGCGGGAAAUGCAAAUUUUUGGGCUGUUGGUUGUGAAGAUGGUUCUCUUCAGGUUUACACAAAAUGUGGGAGAAGAUCUAUGCCAACUAUGAUGAUGGGGUCCACACCUGUGUUCAUCGAUUGUGAUGAAUCUUGGAAGUUGUUGCUUGUUACAAGAAAAGGGGCAUUAUAUGUGUGGGAUCUUUUUAAUCGAAAAUGUAUUCUUCAUGAUUCAUUGACCUCACUUAUGGCCUCUGACCCAAAGUCAACGGGCACAGUUAAAGUGAUAUCCGCAAAGCUUUCAAAAUCCGGAUCGCCACUUGUCACUCUAGCAACGCGCCACGCGUUCAUGUUUGACAUGAACCUCAUGUGUUGGCUACGUGUUGCGGACGAUUGCUUCCCCGCUUCCAAUUUUGCAAGUUCCUUCAAUUUAGGGUUCCCCCAAAACGGUGAAUUGGCAGCUUUGCAAGUUGAUGUCAGAAAAUUCUUAGCCAGAAAGCCUGGCUGGAGCAGAGUGACGGACGAUGGGGUGCAGACACGCGCUCACUUGGAAUCUCAGUUGGCAUCUGCGUUAUCCUUAAAGUCUCCAAAUGAGUAUCGACAGUGUCUCCUUUCGUAUAUACGUUUUCUUGCUAGAGAAGCUGAUGAGUCUCGACUGCGUGAAGUGUGUGAGAAUUUUCUUGGACCUCCAACAGGAAUGGCAGAAUCUGCAACAAAUUCAUCAUGGGAUCCUUGUGUUCUUGGAAUGAAGAAGCAUAAACUUCUCAGAGAAGAUAUUCUUCCAGCAAUGGCAUCAAACCGAAAAGUUCAACGGUUGCUUAACGAGUUCAUGGAUCUUUUAUCUGAAUACAAAACCACCACCACCACAAAUCUUCAACCUACCACCACCACCACCAACACCACCACAAAUCUUCAACCUACCACCACCACCACCACCACCGGAAACACAAACUCACCACCACCGUUGCCGGAUCAAACCGCCACUGAACCACCAAUGACAAAUCAAGUGGCUCAAGAUUCAGGCUCACAACCCAUGGAGGAAGAACAACCAGGGAACAACAACAAUCCAGCUACUUCUGAUCAAAUGGAUGUGGACCCACCUGGAAUUGACAAAUCCGAUGCAGUCUUGAUUCCGAUUCCGGUGGCUGAUGAAAUGGCAUCUUGA